AAUCUUGAUUUUCUGAUAAUGUGGUUCGAAAUAACUUUGGCUUUGCUGUUGCUACUAGUAGUUCUUUUAUAUGUUUACCUAACGUAUCAUUAUCGGUAUUGGCUGCGUCAUGGUGUCGCCUACGUCAAACCCAGUCCUAUACUCGGUAAUUUAGGAUGUUUACUGCGCAUGCAAUGCACUUCUGCUCAUAUGAUACAAGCGAUCUAUAACUACCCUGAGGCCGGAGAUCGUCCUUUCGUUGGUAUUUAUCUUUUUCAUCGUCCGGCUUUGCUGCUACGCGAUCCUGGACUGAUAAAACGCAUUCUAAGUAAGGAUUUUCCAAAAUUUUCUAAUCGGUUUUCGAACUCAGAUUAUUUUGGUGACCCUCUUGGAUCUUUGAAUUUAUUCUUUCUAAAAAAUCCUUACUGGAAGGAAAUACGUCUGAAGCUGACUCCUUUCUUUUCAACUGGGAAAUUGAAACAAAUGUUUGCUCUAAUCGAAGAAGUGGGACUUAAUCUUAAUGAAUAUCUCUUGAAAAUGCCUUUAAACGGCGAUAAUAGUUUCCAACUGGAGCUUAAGGAACUUUGUGCAUUGUACACCACGGAUGUUAUUGCAACUGUAGCUUUCGGUGUACAAGCGAAUUCUUUUAAAUAUCCGAAUGGAGAAUUUCGUCGUAACGGUCGUGAAAUAUUUCGUUUUAGCACUAGGCGUGCCUUAAAUUUUAGUGUUGUUUUUUUCUUGCCACAUUUAGUCCCGUAUUUGGGCAUAAAAGUCGUGUCACCGAAGCAAACGGAAUUUUUACGGUCUGCAAUGAAUCGGGUGCUGGAAGAGCGGGAGAAAUCAGGAAUAAAGCGUCACGAUUUAAUCGAUAUUCUGAUAGAAUUCAAAAAUCAAACUACAACCCAACCAAGACAAGAUGGUUUAAGAUUUGAAGGUGAUCUAUUAGUCGCUCAGGCGGCUAUAUUUUUUACAGCUGGAUUUGAGUCAACCUCGGCAACAAUGUCUUUUGCUUUAUACGAAUUGGCAAAACACUCCGAAAUGCAAGAGAGAUUACGCAAAGAAGUACGCGAUGCUCUUAGCGAAAGCCGCGGAAGGAUCACACAACAGAUCGUUGAGAACUUGGAAUAUAUGCAAAUGAUUAUAGACGAAACAUUGAGACUUUACCCUCCGUUACCUUUCUUAGAUCGCGAAUGCUCUUUGCCUAAAGGCCAGAGUUACUCGUUAGAGCCGUUCCAUUCGUUUUCAAUACCUGCAGGCAUGCCCGUUUAUACACCUAUCUACGCUUUACAUAUGGAUCCGAAGUAUUUCCCGCAACCUCACGAAUUUCAGCCGGAACGUUUUUCGCCCGAGCGUAAAAAAUUGAUAACUCCCUAUACGUAUAUGCCUUUCGGAUUGGGUCCUCACGCCUGCAUUGGUGAACGUUUUGCUAUGCUACAAUCUAAGGUUGGUUUAUUAAAUUUCUUACGCAAUCAUCGAGUGACAUUGGCAGAUAAAAGUGUAAGAAGUAUUAAAUUAGAUCCAAAGGCUUUAAUUUUACAAUCCCAAGGUGGUAUACAUUUAAAUGUUAUACGAGACCCUUUAAAGUAUUAAACGAGGAGAGUAGUUUUUAAUCACUUUAAUGCAGAUAAACACUAGGAUUGAUAUGCGGACCAUGUUUAAAAUUUCUCUAAAAACCGCGCAUUUCUGAACAGUGUGUUUACAUACUUUCUAUAUUUACAUAUAAGGCACACUUUUAAUUAAGAAUUAAAUGUUAUCCGAGAUCCUUUGAAUUAUUGAACGAGGAAAGAUAUUGCUAACCACCUUGAUGCAAAUACACUGUGGCACUGACAUGUGAACUAUGUUUACAAUUUCUCUAAAAACGGCAUUCAUGAGAAAUUUCUCAACAGUAUGUUUAGAAACUCCCUAUAAUUAGAAAUAACGCGUGCUUCAAAUUAUAAAUUCAAAGUCCACUCAAAAAUUUCAACUGUGAAUAUGCCUUUUUUUCAUGCAAUCAAGAAAAACAUGCAAUACUUGUAGCGUUUGUGAAACAUCAGGGCAUUACAAGUGUGCAUUGUAGUGAAAUUAUAAGCUAAUUGUUACUUAAGUUUAGUAGAAAUAAUGCUUGAUUUAUUCGUGUGUUGUGCCAGGUCGAAAUUAGUUGAAUGCUUUCUUCCCAUAUGGCCGUAUAUUUUAUUCAUAUCAAAAAUUACUCUCCUUAACAACGUCCACCAUUAAAUAUCCUACGCCACUUCGUUUAAUGCAACUAUUCAUAUAACGACUUUUCAAAAUAAGGCGUUGUAUGACAAGUGGUUCAAAAAAAAAGCGCUCUACCUUGGUCUAAAACAUGUCGAUCUACCAAAUUUCAUCAAAUUAUCUGAAAAUUUACGAAUUGCAAGUUCAACAAAUCAAAACAAAACAAACUAGGCAAAUGGACAGGCAAGCCAAAAUCGGGCAAAGUUACAUCGGUCUGAAUCCGCCUGAGUAGCCGAAGGCGAGCAAUCUCGAUUAGCAAG